AUGCAAGGUGACGGGGAAGAUGGGGGAGACGUCGGGGAGGAGAAGGGAGCUGACGGCUGGGAUGAGGACGAGAGAAAUGCUGCUGCUGCUGCUGCUACCGCUGCAGCAGAGAAAGGUUGUGGCUCCUUUACUCGCAGCAGCAGCACCGGGGGACCCCAACAAGGAGACAGCAGAAAGCCCCCGUCGCCCUCUUCGCUGUCGUUUAGUCCGCCUGAAUACACCGGAGCGGUGGGGCGCGGGUUGCAGCAACUCAAGCUGCUGCAACAACCGAUGCAGGAUAUAGACGAAGACGAAAGCGUCGCUGCCCGGGAAAAAAACAAAGGGGAUGACUCACACCGGGAAGCGGAAGACGAAUUUGUUUCCUCUUUGGUUUCUUCUGCUGCUCAGCAUUGGCUAGAGAAGAACGGGGAGGCCAGCGAGCUGUCUGCACAGCUUGUGGGAGACAACGCGGAUUUCAUGGAGACAGACGGCCGGGGAAGCGAAGAGACUCGGGGUGAGGGUGAGGCUUCUUCACGCCUCCUUGGGCAGCUUGAACCCCAGCAAGACACGUAUUCAGCAGAGCAUGACCAGCAGCAGCAGUAG